CAGAGAGAGAGAGAGAGAGAGAGAGGAGAGAGAGAGAGAGAGUGAGUGGUGCUUAAAAAGCGUCUAGAAAAAGCCGAACCAAAAACCACCACCAAAACUGGCUAACCCCACCCACCUCCCCUCCCCGCCGCUACACCCCGAUAUACCACCAGCCCCACCACACCACCACCCCUAAAAACCACCACAUUACCCUCCAAAUCCACCCAGCAAACAAACCAAUGGUUUCUUUGAGAUCUGUUUUGCUUGUUUAGCUUUUCUAGCUUCAAUCCUAGCUUGCUGGUGCUGUUUUCUUGGCUUGUCUUGUAAGGAGUAAAAAAACCAAAACAAUGGCGGCACUCUCCAAGUCCCAAGCCGCCGCCUCCACCCGCGACCUCAACCACCGCGUCCUCGCCUGCCUCCACAAGCUCUCCGACCGCGACACCCACUCCGCCGCCGCCGCCGAGCUCGAAGCCAUCGCAAAAACCCUACCCCCUUCCGCCAUCCCCCCCUUCCUCUCCUCCAUAUCCGCCACCGACCCCUCCGACAGGUCCCCCGUCCGCAAACAAUGCGUCCGCCUCAUCUCCCUCCUCUCCGCCUCCCACGGCAAUGCCCUCUCCCCCCACCUCUCCAAGCUCCUCGCCGCCGUCCUCCGCCGCCUCCGCGACGCCGACUCCGCUGUUCGCCUUGCGUGCGUCGCCGCCGUCUCGUCCAUCUCCUCCCACGUCACCAAACCCCCCUUCACCUCCAUCGUGAAGCCCCUAGUCGACGCCCUCGUGACGGAGCAGGAUUACAACGCCCAGACCAGCGCCGCGCUGUGCGUCGCGGCGGCGAUCGACUCGGCGCCGGAUCCGGACGUUGUGUACCUGAGGAAGGUGCUGUUGCCGAAGGCGGAGAAGCUGUUGAGGAGUAAUAACGGGUUCAAGGCGAAGGCGGCGGGUUUGGCGGUGGUGGGGAGCGUGGUUGGUGUCGGAGCGGUUUCGGGUCGGGAGACGGUGGGGAAGUUGGUGGGGUGUUUAGUGGGUUUUUUGGGGAGCGAGGAUUGGGCAGCGAGGAAGGCGGCGGCGGAGGCGCUGGUGAAGCUGGCGGCGGUGGAGGCGGACGAGGGGGAGUCGUUGGCGGAGUUGAAGGCAGCGUGUUUGAAGACGUUCGAGGCUAGGAGAUUUGAUAAGGUGAAGGUUGUGAGGGAGACUAUGAAUCAAUUGGUGGAGGCUUGGAAAGGAAUUGCUGAUGUUGAAGGUGAGGCCUCGCCGCCGCUGCCUACGGAACCACAAUCUUCUCCCAAAGAUAAUGCUACUGACAGACAACAUCUGCCCGGUUCCAAAACUUCCCGAACUUCUAUUUCUGGACCUCCUCAAGAGAGAAAGAAAAGCAUCCCAGGUAACAGGUCUGCUUUGCCUGAUGGAUCAGUUUCAACUACUGCUAGGAAAAGAAGUUCUUUAGAUACUAGUGACAAGAAAUCAGGUCAAGCAAUGUUUCGAAAGCUGGACCGUAAAAAGCCCACUGAUUGGAAAGUAGAAAUUUCUUCCAAUCAUUCUCCCUCCAUGACUGUAGUUUGUGAGGAUGAUCCUAGGGGUAGAUAUGAGAAAGGUGAGAAAUUGAGAAGUCAGGUUAUGAUUUCUGAAACAAGACGGGCUCUCUUCGAUAGGAAUGCUGAUGACAAAAUGUUCAAAUUUGGCGGUGCCAAAGCUGGGUCUCAGGUGGUUCCAUGUGAGGGUGACAACUCAGCAUCAACUGUGGGAGUUAGUGAGAUCACUGAGAAUGUUUGUAAGAACCAGAAAGAGAGUGAAGAUCUAUCUUUGAUCCGUAAGCAGCUUGUUCAGAUUGAAAAUCAACAAUCAGGUUUAUUAGAUCUCCUCCAGAAUUUCAUUGGAAGCUCACAAAACGGGAUGCGUUCUCUGGAGACACGCGUCCAAGGGUUUGAGCUGGCAUUAAACGAGAUCUCGUAUGAUUUGGCUGUGACAAAUGGAAGGAUGUCGAAUAUGGAUUCUAAACGAACAUCAUGUUGCAGUUUACCGGGUGCCGAAUUUUUGAGUCCCAAGUUCUGGAGGAGAACUGCGCCCCGCCGGCAUUCAAUCUCUCAGUUCUCUUCUUCGAGAGUCACACCACCAAUGGCUGCCAUCCGUGACCUUGCCGACCGGAAUGGCAAUGCUGAAACAUUUAAGCUGGAGAACAGAAGAUUCAGGGGUCAAAGUAGUGGUGGGUUUAUUGUGAAUCCUUUGGCUGAGGUCCGCAGCGACUCCCACGGCAUAUCUGAGGUUUCCUCUAAUAGAGUUUCGAAGAAUGUUCAAAAUGCCAGUUGACAUGUCUGGCUAGUGUUUACAGCAGCCCAUUAGGAAAGCUAGCUUGAGAUGUGCGUGCACAAGGCAUCAACGCAGACCCUUUCAGAGGGAAAGAAUUGUGCGUGUAGGAAAGAAUUGGUUUAGCUUCAUUGUGCCCCUAUUUUCUUCCUUGUUCCUGCAUUUUUUGUUUUCCCUCCUCUAAUCCAUGACCCAAAAGAAACUAGGGUCUGUUUGGACCUCCCUCUUUGAUAAAACUGCUCUCCCUCGACAAAGUGUUACUUCCAUCGUGACUACUGUCUUACUAACUAGUGGACUCGGAUUUUCUUUUUGCUUCUUCAUAUCAAGCAAAUUGCACUUUUUCAAUUCGAAGUGUUAAUAUUUGCCUUCUGAUUCUUAGUUUCAUUUUGUCAUCCAUCAGAUAAGCUGCUGCAAUUGAAUGAAAUUCGGGAUCGAUUUUCAUUUUAGCUGUGUACUGCUGGAUAUAGAUAAAUCUACUUUUUGUGGGGUGUGCGCUUAUGGAGUACAUCACAGAAUCCAGAAGCCGUUCUUUUCCUAUUUUCUACCUUAAUAUGCUUUACAUAUAGAAAGCUUCUAAAGCCAAUUCUUUUGGUAACCUAUUAAUUGGUAUUCGGAUUCAGUUUCUCUCAGUUUCAAGGGAAGGGGUUGUGCACAAAGGACCUGAAAGUCACUAUAGAUGUUGCAAUCUUUGAUAUGAGGCAUUGUUGUAUAUAGAUAUGAAAUUUUAUUUCUUCUAUGCGUUCUUUAGUGUGCUGAGAAUUUCUUUCCAUACUUUUGUUGUGAAAAACUACUUGAUUCGAAAUGAUAAGAAGAGGUUUGUAAUGAUGGUUA